AUGAACACCGAGUCUGUUGUCAUCGUGUCUGCUGCAAGGACGCCCAUUGGGUCCUUGAACGGUGCUCUGUCUACUGUGAAGCUGCCUGAGCUGUGUUCCCUGGUGAUCAAGGACGUUCUGAAGCGGGCCGAGGUGAAGCCAGAGGAGGUCUCUGAAGUUAUCAUGGGACACGUUCUAACAGCAGGUCAGGGGCAGAACCCGGCGCGUCAGGCCAGUGUAGCGGCAGGCAUCCCGUACCCCGUCCCGGCCUGGAGCUGUCAGAUGGUGUGUGGCUCUGGGCUGAAGGCUGUGUGUCUAGGAGCUCAGUCCAUCCUGACCGGAGAGUCCACUGUGGUGGUGGCAGGGGGCAUGGAGAGCAUGAGCCAGGCUCCUCACACUCUGAGAAUGAGAGAAGGGGUGAAGAUGGGCGAUGCCUCCCUGCAGGACUCCAUGGUGGCCGACGGCCUGACAGACGCCUUCCAUGGCUACCACAUGGGCCUCACAGCGGAGAAUGUGGCAGAGCAGUGGAAAGUCAGUCGAGAGGAGCAGGACCAGUUUGCUGUCCGGUCCCAGAACAAGACAGAGGCUGCGCAGAAAGCAGGACACUUCGAUCAAGAGAUUGUCCCGGUGACAGUGUCGUCCAGAAAAGGCCCGGUGGAGGUGAAGGUGGAUGAGUUUCCUCGCCACGGCAGCAGCACAGAGAGCAUGGCUAAACUCAGACCCUGCUUCAUUAAGGGCAGCGGCACCGUCACCGCUGGCAACUCCUCAGGUAUUAAUGAUGGAGCAGCAGCAACCGUCCUAAUGAGCCAAUCAGAGGCUGCGAAACGUGGCCUCAAACCGAUGGCCAGAAUUGUAACGUGGGCUCAAGCUGGCCUUGACCCGUCGAUCAUGGGAACGGGACCAAUACCAGCCAUCAGGAAGGCCGUUGAGAAAGCAGGCUGGCAGCUGGACCAGGUCGACUUGUUUGAGAUCAAUGAAGCCUUUUCUGCCCAGUCUGUUGCGGUGGUGAAAGAGCUUGGCCUAAAUGCAGACAAGGUGAAUGUGAGUGGGGGGGCCAUCUCUCUGGGCCAUCCCAUUGGCAUGUCUGGCUGCAGGGUGCUGGUCACCUUGCUGCACGCCCUUCAGAGGACUGGAGGCAGUAAGGGCGUGGCGUCGCUCUGCAUCGGAGGAGGGAUGGGCAUCGCCAUGUGCGUGGAGAGGGUUUGAGACGGAAACGUCAUGCUGCCUCACAGAUUGCACUCAAUCUUAAAUGAUAAAGGGAUAGUUGUUGUUUACACUGCAAGGAGUUUAGGCGGAUCCAAUAUUAGCGUGCCAUUCUCACUGAACAUCAAACCCCUCCCUCAGGUUAUAGCUGUGUAACAUGUGACUUAAGGAUUUAAUACCUCUAGAUAAUGUAAUUGUAGUGUGUAUCGACUAUUAGAUAUAUAUAUAUAUGCAGCAUACUGCAGUUAGUAGCUGUUAAGAAAUCAAAGUAUUGGAUGUCUUCUCCAAGAUGCACUCCUGACAAGUGAAACAAACUGCAAAUGCAAGGCUUUAAUGUGUGCCCGGUACAGACAGGCUACCUUUUCUGUAGUUUUUUUACUUUGUGUAAUUUAAUGAUAUCGUUCUUAGUUUGCUGUACAAAGACAUUUUGAUCGACAUUCCACUUUCUCUAAUCAAUGUAGCAGACAUGAGCCUUGAAAUGCAAGUGCCAUAAGGUUACGUACGCUAGCCUUCUCUAACCGAGUACUUCCUGUACACAGCAUGAUGCAAGUGUAAAUGUUUCCUGCAGCUCUUUUGCAUAUCAAUAAAGAAUCAUCAGCCAUCGAGUCAAAAA